AUGUCCACCACCAUCCACAACGACAACGCUGCUUGCUGCAGCAUUCCACCCGUCAGGUCCGACUACACCCCCAAGGGUUCCUACAAGUCGUAUCCCGGGUUCACAAAGGUCUAUGUCACCGGUCCAACCACUCCAGGCAAUGUCGCACUUAUCUGCGUCUACGACAUCUUCGGCUUCAAGCCGCAGACUCAGCAAGGCGCCGAUAUCCUCGCCGAUCAGCUCAACGCCCAUGUCGUCAUGCCCGACUUCUUCGAGCCCGAUGCGCCCUGGCCUGCUGAUAAGUUCCCGCCCAAGACCGAUGAGGAAAAGGCCAAGCUCCAGGCAUUCUUUGGCGGUGCUGCUAACCCGCAAAACGCCGUCUCCAAGCUCCUCAACGUCGCGAAGGCCCUCAAGGCCGAUGGCGCGAAGUUCGUAGGCGCGUUCGGCUUCUGCUGGGGCGGUAAGGUUACGAUUCUGGCGGGUUCGGCGGAGUCCACGCCCCUCGAUGCCAUCUCUGCUACCCACCCUGCCAUGCUCUCAUCUGCUGAUGCCACUGAGCUCAAGGUGCCUCUCGGACUGUACCCGAGCCAAGACGAGCCCCAGGAGGAAUACAAGAAGAUCGUCGAGAUCGUGUCGAAGAAGCCAUGGGCAGCGAAGAACGAUCACAAGUUCUACGAUACAUUCCAUGGUUUCGCUGCUGCCCGUGCUAACCUCGAUGACCCCAAGAAUAAGGCAGACUUCGAGGAUUUGUAUGCCACCUUGAUCAAGUUCUAUGGGAACGCGAGCGGCACACACACUCACUGA